AUGCCCAUUCGCCUUGUACUCCUUGACAUCCUUGUUCCUGCUCUCAUUACCCGCUUUACUCACGAAGGACGGCAAGAGGAUCUAGAGAAAAGUAUUGAAUAUGGAAAUAAAGCGCUCGCACUUUCCCCGCAGGGUCGCCCCGACCGCCCUCUCUCUGUGGUCAACCUGGCCGUUGCGAAAUGGACCCGCUUCGUGUUUGCCAGCAGACGGGAGGACAUAGAGGAUAGUGUUGCCUCUCUCCGUCAAGUCGCCGAACCGCUUUCAUCCGGAGCCACGAUUCGUGCUGUAGCUCUCGGCAGACUAGCAGACGCUCUACGCCACCGCUUCAUGUCUUACGGAGCUCUCGAGGACCUGGAAGAAAGCAUAGUUCUCGGGAAAGAAGCGCUGUCCACCUGCGAUCCGCACGCGCCAAGCCGUGCAAUGAUACUCAACAGCCUGGCCUCCUCAUUCGGUCAGCGCUUCGGAUAUGCUGGAGAGGACGAGGAUUUCAACUUGUCGAUGGAGUACAUUCGGGAAUGUCAUGCAUCUUUCACGGCGGGAGCACUGGCGUCUCUGGACUUGUUUGUCGGGCCGACGCUAUUCCUCGAUGCAACCCUGUCCAGGAAACAGGGCAUGACAUAUCCAGGCGUCGGCUUGGUGCAGGGCGUACUGGAUGCUUGCCCUCCUAGGAAUCUUCAUCGUCCUUCUCUCCUGGGUGUGUUUGCUUUGUCCGCUCUUGUGCAAAACCAGGAAAGCGACAACCCGGAGCAUUUGGAGACCUUCUUCUCCUUCACGCGGGAGGCCCUUUCCUUAUGUCCGCCAAGAGCUGCUGCUCGCCCUGGUUUACUCCUUAACUUGGCAGUGGCGCUGGACACUUGCUUCUGCAGGAGCGGGGAACCAGACACACUUACCCAGAGCAUAGAGACCGCCCACGCCGCUCUGUCACUCUGUUCAUAUGCACACCUUCAUCGACACAAAAUACUGGAGCAGCUCUGGAAGUCUGUUAGGCGUAUUUUUGAGCAAACAGGGGAUCUGGAGGUUUUGAACAAGUCUAUCUCCUACCUCCACGAUGCAGUCGCCCUUUGUCCCCUCAAAUCUCUUCUUUACCCUUCGCUUAUCCAGAAUUUGGCAACUGCUUUCUGCGAGCGAUCCAUUCACACGAAGCAGGUGGAUGAUGUGGAUGUAUCUCUUGGAUACUUUCACCAUGCUCUCUCGCUUUAUCCUGCCCCGCACCAUGCGAGCGUAUUUCUGCUAGGCGGUCUUGGUGCGUUGUUCCAGCGGCGCUUUAGGAUGACCGGAAACCACGCCGAUUUGGAUAAGUCUGUUGAAUUCUUUGAAGAAUCCCUAUCCUACGGCACCUCAGAUCCGCCAUUCCAUAUCCGAUACCUGCUAUCAGAGCUGACAACCACCCUGUGCGACCGCUAUGCAACAAUAACGAGAAAUAUUGAGGACAUGCAGAAGAGCAUCGAAUACGGACAGAUGCGCCUGUCUCUGUGCCCUCCAGGACAUCCUGAUCACGCCGAAGCAUUAAGAGACUUGGCGCAUACGCUAAAAACUCGCCAUCUGAUCGACGGGGACCCGGAGGAUUUGGAGCAGUGCAUUAACUAUCUAGAGAUGGCCUUUGCUUCGUUAUCGCAAGAAGCAUCACUCCCGCCUUCCGACUUCGUGACAUUCUUAAAUACGAUGUCUGCACUGGCAUCAGCUCUUGCUCAACGAUCGUUGACGACAAGUCGGCACGAAGACCUCAAUAGGAGCGUCGACCUCAGUUACAAAGCGCUUGCGCUUUGUCCUAUAGGCCACCCCAGUCGCUAUCGUGCCAUAGAUAGUUUGGCACACACUCUCAGAGUACGAUACGAAAUUAAUGGCAACUUGGGCGACUUGGAAAAUUCGAUCAUCUACUUGCGCGAAGUUCUCGAAAUGGAAUCCGGUUCAGUCGGAUUCCUCAGUCGUGUUUCUACCGUAUCGGCUCUGGCGAGCGCUUUGUCUAGCCACUUCCGAUGGACACGUCAGCCCGACGACCUCAGAGACAGCAUCAAGUACAGCUAUGAAGCUCUGUCGCUUUGUCCGCCAGGGCAUUCGGGUCGUGCCGCUGUUUUAUUCACCCUAUCGACAUCAUUGUGCGAACGAUUUAACCUGACGAGAUGGCUAGAGGACUUAAACUGCUCCAUCUCCUUUCUCCGCGAGGCGAUAUCCGUGGAUCAAGAUCACAAGUCGCCUUAUCAUUUGAGAUUGUUGAACGAUCUAACGCAGGUUCUUUGCAUUCGAGCGCGCGCCGAAGACCUCAAAGAAAGCAUGCGUUACCUAGAGGGGGCACUGCAUCUCUCUCCACCCGGACACCCUGACAGGAGCAAAGUUAUCGCUGGCUUUGCUCGGUACUAUGAAUGUCGAUAUGACCUGACUGGGGAGCCUGAGGAUAUACAGAAAGCUAUUGACUACUUCCGGGAGGCUUUAUCGCUCUCAGGCACAGAUCAGUCCUCUAGUUCUUUCUCAGUGCAUCUGGCCAACAGCUUGGGAGCGGCGCUAAUGAAGCGAUGCAGAGCACUUCAGACAGUGGAGGACCUUGACGAGUGUAUUGAUCGAGGACAUAGAAUGCUGUCGCUGAAUCCUCUGGAACAAGGUCACCCAGAACAUCUUGAUUUAUUGCACAAUCUCGCAACUUCUUUGAGCGAGAGGCAUCGCAAGACGGGGAACCAAGAAAAUAUCCCCAAUGCUAUCAUCUAUGCCAGAGAAGGUGCGCUCGUCGAAUCGGCUCUCUAUCGUCCGAAGCAGCUGGGCUGUGCAAUAUUGUGGGCACGUCUAGCCCAUGAAAAUAGCCAUCCUUCAGCACUACAUGCCUACCGCAGGAAUCUUGAAUUGUUGCGGCAAGAUCUUGCGAACGCCCCAACGCUGGAAAUGCAACACGAGUUGGUUCGAAACCAGCAAUCUUUGCCUUUGGAUGCUGCAGCAUACGCAAUAAGCCAGGGAAAUCUCGAACUCGCUGUGGAGAUGCUAGAGCAAGGCAGAGCUUUACUCUGGUCCCAAGUCCGCCGCCUGCGCACACCCCUCGAUCAACUUUCUGUUGACGAGAGCUUGAGACCUCUUCGAGAUACUUUCCUGGAGAAGAGUCGCGCACUCGAGACAAUCAGUAUUUCCGCGAGUCCAUUCAUAUCCAUUUCAGCUAUCGGCGAACGCCCCGAUCCAUAUGGGCAUAUGCUCGAGACGAAACGCCGCCUGUCUGCCGAACUGGACGAGGUCAUUGAUGAGAUUCGCGCAAAGAUUCCGGACUUUCUCAGGCUACCCUCCUACGACAGACUUAAGGCAGCUUCUACGGAGGGCCCGGUUAUCAUCGUAAAUAUCAGCAGAUUCCGCUCAGACGCUCUAAUCCUUGUCUCAGGCGAUAAUCUCAGCUGUGUCGAGUUGGUUGAUGGCUUGUCCGAGAGGGCGGACGACUUGGCAAACAAUCUUCUACAGGCCCGCGAGGCCCUGAGCACUGCGCCGAAGAGAUACGAUCGAGUUCUGCGCCGGACGCUAGAAGACCUCGCGGAGCUUGUGGUAGGCCCUGUCUUGGAGAAGUUGAAGGAGCUCGGAGUCAAGGAAGGGUCGCGGAUUUGGUGGUGUCCCACGUCUGUAUUGUCCGUACUACCGUUACAUGCAGCGGGCCCGAUCGCGACGUCAGAGCCGAGAUCCCCCAAAGGCAAAGCAUACCUUCCAGACCUGUAUAUCCCAUCCUACACUCCGACACUUACUGCGCUGAUCGAAGCCCGAGCGGUUGGCAGUGCUCGUCGAGCAGAGCACAAGGGCCUUCUCGGUGUCGCUCUGCUCGACAAGUCGCUGGAAGCUGUUGGCAAAGAAGUGGAGGUCCUCCGCACACACUUCGCGGAUAGCGACUUAACGCUCGCCAUUGAGGGUCAUUGUGGCCGUGAAGCGGUGACUGCAGGUCUCGCGGAACGGCCAUGGGUGCAUUUCUCCUGCCAUGGGACGCUAAAAUCUGGCGAGCCUCUCAACUCAGCCUUCAUCCUUUCCGGAGAUGAGCGGAUCACUCUGCUUGACAUUAUCAAAGCCGGCCUCCACCGUGAAAAUGCCGAACUAGCAGUACUAUCAGCCUGCCAUACCGCUGAAUGGACACCGGACAGUGCGACGGACGAGGCACUUCACCUGGCGGCUGCGAUGCAGUUUUUGGGCUUCAAGAGCGUGGUGGGGACGAUGUGGCAGCUGCAGGAUGAGGAUGGGCCGACGUUUGCCAAAGCUUUUUACGACGCAUUCUUGAAGGAUGCGCUGCGUCUCACCGAAGACGACCAUCUUCUCGUGCCCAGUCUCGAGAACUCCUGCGUGCACCAAGAGCUCGUCGCUCGUCCGCCGCCUCGUCGUCCGUCUGCCGCACCCGCUAUCAUCCAGCAAUCUUUUAUCAGCGAAGCUCCUUGA